UUAUGUUUUGAAUACAGAGUAGCUAUAUAUAUAUAAAUGUUAAACGCAGUUCGCUGCGUGUAUCAAUAUUUAUUGCGUUGGAAAGUAAAUAUAAGAAAUUUUUCAGACACGAUGUCGCAGCGAUCCAGGUACUUUGUGAACGAAUACUGCGCGCAGGAGGAGAAGAUCGCCGGUUCCGCGACGUCGCUACAACGUGACAUCCACGACAGUCAAUCUGCCGCUAAAACCAAUCUACGUAAGAUUCUGCAACGUAUCGUUGACAAGGAGCCGCCCGAGCGCGCGGAGACGGAUGGUGGUCUGUAUGUCGGUGCAUCCGGCAUCUCCUACACGUUUCUGCGACUAGCUGAGCAUCCUCUGUUGAAAGAUGAUGCUGACAAGCACCUGUCAUUAGCUGAACGUUAUUUGCGCUCGUCCCUGACGACAGUGCAACGUCACGAGGGACGAUCCGGCACCGGCUUUCUCUUGGGGGAUUGGGGUAUUCUGGCAGUGGGCGCAGUCCUCGCAACCGUCCAGGGUGACGAAAAAACCGCCAGUGAGCUCGUGAAACGCUAUGUAACGACGGGAGCACGUUGCAAGGAAGUAAAUUUUCUCAAAUGCGGAUCGGACGAGUUUUUUGUCGGCCGCGCUGGCUUCUUGUACGGCGCGUUGUGGCUGAAUCGCAUGAUGAAAAAUACCGUGGUGCCACUCGACAUGAUGCACGAAAUCGCACGAACGAUCGUUGCCUCGGGCCAGAUGUAUGCGCGAGUACAUAACAGUCCGUGUCCAUUAAUGUAUGCCUACUAUGGCACAGAAUAUCUAGGCGCAGCGCAUGGACUCUGUGCAAUCUUGCAAAUCCUUAUACAGGUGCCAUCAUUCUUAGACGACAAUGAAGAUAUUAAUAACACUACGCGAACUUGUGUAGAUUAUUUCUUGAGCUUACAAAUGACCUCUGGUAAUUUUCCAUGCGCUACGGAUGAAAUAGAUUAUUCUGGACGAAGUGUCAGAGAUAGCAACAGUGAAUUAGUGCACUGGUGUCACGGUGCUCCUGGUGCCAUUUACCUGAUGGCAGCAGCGUAUCUGCGUUGGAAGGAUCAGCGUUAUCUAAACUCAUGCGUACUCGCUGGUGACCUUGUCUGGCGCAAAGGCCUUCUGAAGAAAGGGCCUGGGAUUUGUCACGGUGUGGCUGGCAAUGGCUAUGUCUUCCUUCUUCUAUAUAGACUCACUGGCAAUGAACUUCACCUUUAUCGAGCUGCCAAAUUUGCAGAUUUUAUGAACUCACCACAAUUUCAGUCUGAUGCACGCACACCUGAUUCACCGUAUUCACUUUACGAAGGUAUCGCCGGAACUGCCUGUUUUCUCUCUGACCUUAUCGAACCGGACAAAGCUCAUUUCCCAUUCCAAGAUGUGUUCUAAAAUUAUGCAAUAUCAAAUCAAAAUUUUUCUUUAUUUUUUGCAGUUUUGUUCGAAUCAAUCUAUUAU